AUGGGUGCUCAGCAGUCGUACCCGGGUUUAACCCAAGAUUUAAUCGAGGAUUACGCCUCCCUAACUUAUUUGACUAAAGGUGAAAUACUACACCUAAUGAAAAAGUUCUACUCGAUUGACCCAGAAAAACUACAGAAUGAUCCUCAAUAUCGAUUUUAUAAAACUGAAGUUAUCUACAAGUUUCCAGUGCUAAAGAAUAAUCCAUUUCAAGAUCGGAUAUUCCAUGUAUUUUCCUCAAAGAAUGACGAUUGCUUCUCAUUCGAAGAUCUACUGGAUCUUUGUUCUGUUAUGAGUUCAGAGUGCCCUGUAGAGGUAAAAUCAGCUUGGGCUUUCAGGAUAUUUGAUUUAGAUGAUGACAAUGAAAUAACAGCAAAGGAUAUAUGCCAGAUCGUGGAUAGAUUAACCUGCAGUGAUAAAGACAGUACUCACUAUAUUGAUGAAGAAUCGAAAAUGAAAAUAUGUGAUGUUAUUUUAAAGGAAAUUAAUCUGGACCACAGUGGCAGCAUCGGGUGCAAUGAAUUUAAACUCGUUAUAACUAGAAUUCCGGAAUUUGCAUCAACAUUUUACUUCAGAUUGUAA